CGCCGUUCCGAGCAAUAGAAUAUAUACAUAGCGCUGGCUGCCACCCUUCCUUCUUUAAGUCCCUCCCUCGAACUCGACCUCGGACUCGACAGGAACCCCGAGCCCACCACAACCCAACAUGCCGUUCGUACCCAACACGCCCGAAUCUCACGCGGCAAUCCUCUCACCGGCGCCGCCCACCGUCUGCCGCGGGGUCAGCAACGACGGCAAGCCGUGCAAGCGCACGCUCGUGCGCUCGUCCUCGGGCGACCCCGAGUCCGGCGUGAUCACCAUCGUCGGCAAGCAACAGGCGUACUUCUGUGCGCGCCACCAGGACCAGGCGAAAGAGGUGGUGCUGCGGCAUACCGCGUCGUUUGCGCGUAGGAGGGCUCUCGUCGGCCGCGGGAGCAUGGACACGCUUAUUGAGCAGGUGGAGUUGCUGGUCGGCGGCGGCGACAGCGGAGGACAGACGAUACAGACCACAGUGGUUAGCACGACGAAAAAGGUGCCGCGCGAGAAGGACCCGUUCAAGCCGGUUCUUAAGGACUACGAUGAGGAGGAGGUUGGCGGGGCGGCUACACCGCGGCCACCGAGUCCGCCUAGUGGACGGCCGAAGCCGAAGAAGAAGCAGCCGAGCCUUUUGAAGAGGUUGUUUUUUGGGUGCUGCAUGGGGUCGGACGACGAUCCCGAGGACGAGAAGAACUGGUCUGCACGAAGGCGGGAGGCGGAACUGAGAUCAGCGGCUGCAGCUGUGGUCGACGAAACCUUCCCGACACCACCUGCGCGAGCGAAGAAGGCCGAUAAUAAGGCGGUUGCGUUUAAGAGCGUGCCACCUACUCCGCCGCUGCCGAUGAUGUAUCUGCCGAAACACCCGGCGAGCGCUAUAGUGAAGAAUGCGCCGGUGCCGGCGACAAAAGCAUCCAAGGCGGUCGGCAUGGGUCUCAGUCCGGCGACACCGAUGGCUGAUGAUGAUGUGGAGGAUGUGCCGGAGAUCGAUGUGAAGAGCUUGACGAAGGAGCAGCAACACCUUCUCAAACUCAUUCCAAAGACUGUUCACCCUAGGGGUCUGGGCCGCCUCCAGCAAGAGCUGCUGAAGCCCUUCUCCGACAAAGACGAGCCAGGCUACAUCUACAUGUUCUGGCUGACCGACUCCCCUCUCUCCCCCUUCUCUACGCCCUCUGGCUCUACCGCCGCCACCCCCUCCGCUGGAGGCCGCAGCAACACCGCCUCAGACCGUCUCAUGCGCGCCGCCCUCAACGCAGUCCCAACCCCUGGCGGCACACGCCCCAAACUUCUCUUCAAGAUCGGCCGCGCGGUUAACGUCCAGCGCCGUCUGCACCAAUGGACCAGCCAGUGCGGCUACAACCUCGCCCUGAUCCGGUACUACCCCCACACGUCCGCGUCCUCUCCGGGGGAAAGCCCCAUCGUCGCGCGCAAAGCGCCCAACUGCAACCGGAUCGAGCGUCUGAUCCACCUCGAGCUAUCCGCCACGCCCGGCGCAAACCCCAAAAAGAACUGCGAAACCUGCGGCAAGACGCACCAGGAGUGGUUCGAAGUCGAGGCGUCCCGCGAGGGGAUCCUAGCCGUCGACGAGGUGAUCAAGCGCUGGAUCGCGUACGGCGAGCGCAGCGCCACCACGUCCAACCCCACAGGCCCCAGCCCCAAGGCGAAGAUGCCCGCCCGCCCCAAUGCGCCCCAACGCCACAACGCCGCCCAGCCCGGCCCAAACCCCGUCAAGAUGUACACCACCAAGACGCCGUCCCCGCAGACCACACCGAAGAAGGCCCCUGCCGCACCAAGGACCACGCCGAAGAAGGCCGCCGCCGCCGCCACCAGCCCAGCAGCCACGCCGAAGAAGAACGCACCUACCAUGCCGAAGAAGCAGGCCCCCAGCACCAACGCCGGCGCCGGCGCCGGCGCAAGUCUGAAGGUCCCAGCGGCAGGAUCGCGACAGCGCAGCUCGUCCUCCUCGCCAUCGGCAAAGCCGAAGUCUAGGAGCUCCUCGAAGAGCAGGCAGAGGAGCUCGUCGACGCACUCUGCUAGGAACCAGAGGAACAGGAGCAGGAGUACCAGUAGGAGGAGGGAUUAUGAUGACGAUUUUGUGGUGAGUAGUGGCAGUGAGGGCGAGGAUGAUUAUCGCCCGUAGUUAGUUUUGGAGGGGGUAUUUUUUUCUUCGCGGGAGUAGGAGUUACGGUUGCUUGGUUUGAUGGGAUUGGAUUGGAAUUGGGUUGAAUUGGAUGGGAUAGGAAUUGGAAUAGAGAGUUGAGACGGGUAUAUAUGUCAAUAUAAUGAGUAUAUGUGAAUAUGUGU